AUGACCACUGAAGUUCUGAUUGUCGGUGGAGGGCCAUCAGGCCUCACCUUGGGCCUAUUUCUUGCCAACUACAGAAUCAAGUCCAUCGUUCUUGAAAAAGAGCAGGACAUUGUCACAGAUCCCAGAGGAGUGGUAUUGACUGGGGAUGCACUGCGAAGUCUUUGGAGACUGGGCAUCGGGGAGCAUGUUGCCUCAAUUGGUCACGAGCUUCACGCCCUCAAUUUUCAUCAGACCAAUUUCCAAAAUCCGCCCUUCAUGGUAAUCGAUCUCGACAACGAUAUGAUGGAGCACGCGCUUCCAAGUACCAUCUUACAAAGCCAGCCUCGCCUCGAACAGGCAUUGCGGGGCAUGGUCCAGUCUUCUGACUACUGCACUUUCCAAUCCUCAUGCGAAGUUGUUGGCCGAGAUGAAGAUGAGAAUGGAGUCACAGUUCGCUAUAAAGCUGCCGACGGGAACGACUGUGAAGUAAGAACCCAAUGGCUUGUUGGUGCCGACGGAAAAAGGGGCGUCGUACGCAAGCAUUUUUUGGAGCCCACCGCGGGUGUGAAACAAGAGACUGGCAUCUUCGACUACGAAAGCACAUGGAUCGCAGCCAAUCUACACAUCAAUCCACCAACGGAGAUGACACACCCAGAUUUUGCCCUGUGGGACCUUGGCUACGACUCUCAAGCUGUUUACGAUUUAUUCUGGCCGCGAGAAUGGCAUUUCUGUCGACCACCGGGAACGCCAACCGCUUGUGGUCGUUUCGGGCCUCAGGCUGACCACCUCUGGAGGCAUGAAUUUGCCGUUCCCGAAUGGAAAGACCAUAUGGACGCAGUAAAGACCUUCUGGAAGCAGCUUACUCCGAUGAUUACUCGACCUAUCACAUUCCCUGACGGGAAAACUAGGCCAGUCACCUUCCCGGUUGAUUGCAUCGAGAUCCUUCGCUGUCGUCCGUUCCACUUCUCUCAUAAGGUCGUCAACAAGUGGUUUUCUGGACGCACUGCUCUUAUCGGAGACGCAGCGCAUGUCUUCCCACCCUUUGGAGGUCAGGGCGUGGCUACGGGAGUUCAAGACGCCGAGGCCUUGGCCUGGAGAUUAGCAUCCAUAAUCCGAAUCGAGCAAUCACGCCAAAUUUCGCCCUCUUCCAGACAUACCCUCCUCCAAUCCUGGUCAUUAGAACGACGAAUAGGUAUCGACAAUGCGGCUCGACUAACUCUACAAAAUGGCGAGCUGUGCAAUAAGGAAGGCACCUGGCUGGGAACUUUCCAGAUUGCUAUCGCCAAUUUCGCAUUGAACUUCCUGAGGCCACUUGGCAUCAAGCUACCCCAAAUGACUGCAGAUGCUUUCGGCUACUCAAGCUGUCAAGAGGGAACUUUCCUAUCUGCAGCUGGCGGUGGGAGGAGACUAGGCCAAAUAUAUGUCCAAACCUACCUUCCUGGUAGUGGACCUGUCACUAUUGAGCUUUCUGACAAGGCGCUUCGUCGCGUUCCAACCAUUUUGACUUUAUUGGUAAUCAACUCAUCUAACCAAAAGGAAGAUACGGACCUUGAGAGCAUCUUGAGCCAGUACCAGAUCAACUCAGAUCUCUUGUCUGUUAAGUCGAUCGUCCACUUUAAUUUUGGGAAGCCGGAUCCCCAGCACUGCACAUAUGAAAAGGCUGUGUCUUUUCCUGCACCCUUGGAUCUUCUCCAAGGAUACCCCGUUCGACUCAGAUACGAUCUUCACCAAUUUCAGCGGCGGCUGAAUGACCAUGUGGCAAGAUACUUCGUUUUGCGACCUGAUGGUAUUAUCUAUGGAAAGGCUAGAUCUUUGUCUGGCUUGGAAGACUGUUUCAAGAAUCUCGAGAGCAACUUCUGCUAA